UUCAUGACAAGUUUAAUAGUACAAAGCUGAAAAAUGAGAAGCUUGUCAUCAGGAAAAUCCAUCUCCAUUUUCCAGGAGCAAGACCCUAUCAAACACAGUGAUGCUGGUGUUGAAUAUGUUGUGUGGAGUCCACUGAUAUCUUCAUUGCCAUGGAGAAGACCAGGGUUUCUUUGAAGUGUGGAGCUAAAAAGAUCAUCAUUUCUCCCCCUUCUGUUGAUGCCUCUGGGGUACUGCAGCCUAACCAUUUAGCCCAUAAAAUUAACCCGUGUUUGUGAUGGUGUGAAUCAUGAGAAAUUCAACAACUACCCAAGAUUGUCAGCAAUCAAGAUUGUCCUGCACUACCAACUACUUAGCCUCCCUGGACAAGCACAUUCAUGACAACUUUGGCAUUGUGGAGGGACUCAUGAUCACAGUCUAUGCUAUUACUGCCACUACAAGGACCAUGGAUGGCACCUCUAAGGAACUAUAUUGUGAUAGCUGUGGAGUUGCCCAGAUCACUAUCCCUGUGUCCACUAGUAUAGCUGAGACUGUGGGUAAGGUCAUUUCUGUAUUUAAUGGGAAGCUCACUGGCAUAGCCUUCUGUGUGCCUAUGCACAACUUAUCUGUUAUGGUUCUGAGCUGCCAUCUAGAGAAAGCUGCUAAAUAUGAUGACAUCAAGAAGGUGGUGAAUCAGGCAUUGGAGGGCCCCCCUAUAGUACAUCUUGGGCUACACCAAGGAACAGGUUGUCUUCUGUGAAACCCAUACUUCCACCUUCAGUUCUGGUCCUUGCAUGACCCUCAGUGACAUUUCCUCAGAUGACAUUGAAUUUGUCCACAGUGGCAGAAUGGUUGACCUUAUGGUCCAACUAGCCUCCAAGAAGUAAGGGCCCCUGGACCACCAGCUUCAGCAAGAACAUGAGAGGAAAAGCCCUUCAGUUGCUGGGACAUUUGUGCCCCAGCUAAGUCCCACAACACUCUAAGAAUCUCCCCACUUUGGUUUUCAUCCCAGACCCUCUGAAGAGGGAGUGGCUUCCGGAGCCCUACUUUGUCAUGUACCACCAAUGAAACCCACUGCACCCUGUUGCCCCAUCCCCUUCCAUUUUUUUGUUUUAUCCUUCUGGACGCCUUCAAUCAGACAAGCAAGAUGUCUGUAAGGAAUAUAAAUAAAUAUAAUUUUUAUAUUGUCUUCCAGAACAUUUUAGAUUAGGAUU